AUGCACAUUUCCGGCGACGUACGCAGUCGCAGCCAUGCGGCAAAAGAGAAGAUGAAGCUUCGCAUGACGCAGCCAUCGAGCUGGCAACUUCCUAAGCAAAACAGCAGCAUCGCACCGCCCGAUGUAUGGACCAAUGCCGAUAUGGAGCCAGUUCCACCGGAAAAGCGCACUUGGGGUAAGAGCGCAUUCGUAACGUACUGGUUCAGUGACCUUGUUACCAUAUCGACUUGGAGUUCAGGAUCUGCCAUCUUUACACUUGGUCUGACGGCAACCGAUGCUGUGCUCAUAACGCUCGUGGCGGGUAUAUGCAACGCUAUACCCACAGUAUUGAACGGCGCCAUCGGCUCGAAUUUACACAUUCCAUUCCCCAUUGCCUCUCGCGCCAGCUUUGGUUACUGGUUCAGCUACUUUGCCAUCGUGAGCAGAGGCGUCUUGGCCAUGUUUUGGUUCGGAGUUCAAACAGCCAAUGGAGGUACAUGUGUGACUGCGAUUCUUAACGCUAUCUGGCCAAGCUUCCGCGAUAUACCCAACCACUUGCCUGCUUCAGUUGGUCUCACCACGGCUGGGAUGAUCUCAUACUUCUUGUACUGGCUCAUUCAGUUUCCCUUCCUACUCAUUCCAACGCACAGGCUACAGUACAUGUUUUGGGUGAAGACAGUCUUGUUGCCACCGGUAGCUAUCGGAAUGACAGUCUGGGUUGCAGUGAAAGCAGGCGGUAAUGGCACUUUCUUUACACGCCCGGCCUCGGUGCAUGGCGCUGAAAGGGCCUGGCUCUGGUUAUCGAGCAUGACAAGCAUUACUGGUGGAUACAGCACCCUCGCUGUCAACAUUCCCGACUUCUCCCGCUUCAGCAAAGACCCUACAGCGCAAUACUGGCAGAUGCCGGUAAUCCCUUUCUUCAAGACUAUGGUCGCUCUUAUGGGGAUCGUCUCUGCAUCCGCAGCCCAAGAGAUCUGGGGCACAGCCUAUUGGACGCCACUACAGAUCAUAGAUACUUGGGAUACGCCUGGUGGCCGUGCAGCCGCCUUCUUCUGCGCUUCCAUCUGGUUGCUUGGGCAGCUCAGCGUCAACAUCAGUGCGAACGCCGUCUCUUUCGCCAAUGACGUCACGACACUAGCGCCAAAGUACGUCAAUGUGCGUCGCGGGUCGAUUCUUGUCGCAUUCAUCGGCGGCUGGGCGCUAUGUCCUUGGAUUAUCGUAGCUUCCGGCAAGGCGUUCCUCAACUUCAUGAGCGCAUAUGCCAUCUUCAUGGCGCCCAUGGCCGGCAUUCUCUUCACAGACUACUGGCUGGUAAAGCACAGGAAGUACGACGUUCCCGCUUUAUACGACCCAAGAGGUAUCUACCGAUAUGGUCGCUACGGUACAAACUGGCGUGCUGUUGUCGCAACGUUCGUUACCAUCAUUCCUCUGCUGCCAGGUCUAGCCAACAAGGUCAACCCAGAUUUGAAGCUUUCGGCUGGUCUCCAAAACCUCUUCACGUUCAACUGGCUGUACGGGUUCUUCCUGUCCAUCUUCUUGUACUACUUCUGUAAUCUGUUCUUUCCUGCUCGGCAAACUCUGAUUCCACGUGUUGUCAGUGGAUUUGAGUAUCUGGAUGGGAUUGAAGUUGACACGGAGGCAGGAAGCGUGUCGCAAGAUGGGAAGAAUGGGGAGUGUAAAGAUAUGCCCGAGGCGAAUGUGUCUCCUCGGCCUUCGAGCUAA